CAAUUGGAAAUGGCAGAGGCGGUUGGAAAUGGCAGCUGGAUGGUUUAUUUUCCUUUUAUAAUUUAAUUCCCCCGCUCCACUGAUUGGCCUCCAAUGCACAGGGGGCUGCUUCCCAGGGUGCUCCAGGGCGGGGCUGGCACAGGAUGAGCAGGUUUUAUGAUAGGUGCCUGGUAGCCUUUCGCUCGGCAGGGAACCAGUUGACAAGGUUGUUGUGGAAGUUAGCAGCCCAUCAGGCUGGAUGGCAGGGCUGGGGGAGCGUCAGACAGUCAGGAGGUGGCCGUUGGGGGGGGAGGGGAUGUGGGCCCCUGAUCACAGCAGAAUUGUGGAUCUCAAGGGAGGAAAUUUCACACGUCUCCUUCCCCAGGGCACCGGGCCGACACCUGGCCAGGCUGGGUGGGAGGCGGAUGGCCCCACUCCUGUCCCCAGGGAGGGUUUGCUGCUGGGCCCUGCGAAGAGGAGCUGGGGUGGGGGCUGAUCCGCAGGAAGGGCCAGGCUGGAAGCCCCCCGGUGCAACCCGCCUGCCUUGGGCACAGCUCCGGCCUAGCCAGGGUCUGAGCAUGGCCCCUGUGAGCACCUGGCCGGCUCGUUCCCGGGCAGCCCCUCGCGCUCUCUGGCCGCCCGCCCCGUGCAGCGGGCACAGGGCCCCCAUCCCCGCCGGUUCACAGGCCCGGGGCCGCUCGGUGGGCUCCCGCCAGCACAGGGCCUUGAGGUGGCUGCACGCUGCAGCCUGAGCUACAAAAACCCGCCCCCCGCCUAGGGGCAGCCCCGUCCCACACGCAGCCCCUUUCCGCGGGGUGCCCGGGCAGGUCUGCCCGCUGCAGGGCAGCGCAGCCCCUGCAUGGCCCGGCCGGACGGGGGCGGGGGCGCAGCCAAGGGACGGGGGUGCCAGGCAGCCCACCCCCUCCCGGGAGUUUAGCAGCAGCUGGAGGCUGCACCAGGCAAAGCCACCGCCCCCCUGACGCCAAAGGGUUAAUGGGCGCCCUGGCCCGGGGGCUCGUUCCCCCUCCCCCGCCCAGGCCGCGCUGCUAAUUGCGCACUCGCCAGAUCAAAGGCGCCAGUGGCGCAGCCAACACCCGCCUCGCCUGGUGGCUGCGGCGCUGCGCUUUGUCUGCCCGGCCCGGCCCGGCCCGGCCAUGGGACCGGCCCCGGCCAGAGCCCGGCUCGCAGCCAGCCUCCUCUGGGCGCUGCUGGGCGCGGCGCUGGGCGCGGCGGGGAGCGGGCAGGAGGCUUCGCUUUUCCAAGCCCUGGGGCUGAGCGCCAAGCCGGCCCCCACGGCGCCGGCCCCGGUGCCCUCCGUGCUCUGGCGGAUCUUCCAGCGGAGGCAGCUGCAGCCCCCCGGGGCCAGCGCGCCGGACCGCGCCUGCCGGGUGGAGGAAUUGAACGUGCCUGGGAACAUCAUCCGCGUCUUGGCUGACCAAGGCCACUUCAUUCACAGUGGGGAGCCCAAGACUUUCCUGUGUCUGGAGAAACGUCUGUACUUUAAUUUCUCUGUGUUGGAGGAGGGGGAGCAACUGACAAUGGCUCAGCUGGAGAUCAACUUCAGCCACAACUCCUAUCACACUUCCAGUGGCAGGCAGGUCUUUGAGCUGCGGCUGUACCAAGCCCUGCAGAUGUCUCUGCGAGGAAUGUCCUCCCACAUGUACAACCACAAGCUGCUGGUGGCACAAUCCUUCGCGCAGCUGCACAAGUCCCUCCUCUUCAACCUGACCGAAGUGGCGAAGGGCUGGCGAACCCCCAGCAAGAACCUGGGCUUGAUCCUGGAGAUCUCUGUGGGCAGCAGGGACAGCGCCAUGGCCUUGCCGCCCCGAAGGCUGCAGAAUCUCUGUGCCAGCAUCGACUCCUUCCUCGACACCUCGCUGUUGGUGGUGUCCCUCAAUCAGAAGCAGUGCCAGGCCUCCAGGAAGAGGCGAAGUUCCUAUUAUACCCCAGUCACCCCAAGCAACCUCUGCAAGCCAAGGCGGCUUUACAUCAGCUUCAGUGACGUGGGCUGGGAGAACUGGAUCAUCGCGCCGCAGGGAUACAUGGCCAACUAUUGCCUUGGGGAGUGUCCCUUCCCACUGACGGCAGAACUCAAUAGCACCAACCACGCCAUCCUCCAAACUAUGGUGCACUCCCUUGACCCAGAAGGAACCCCCCAGCCCUGCUGCGUUCCAGUCAGGCUGUCCCCCAUCUCCAUCCUGUAUUACGACAACCAUGAUAACGUGGUGCUGAGACACUACGAGGACAUGGUGGUGGAUGAGUGUGGCUGCAGGUAAUGGAGUUGCUCAUUGAGAUGUGAACAGGGAAUCGAAUGGGUCUCUGAGGGAAUGGUCAGUGCCUGGAGUAACUGGGAUUUUUGAUGUAAUAGGUCAAAACGUAUUAAGCUUCCUUUGUGUGGGUGGGUAGGGACCCUCCCUUCCAUCCCUUGGUGCAGUUAAUGGCAGAACUACCCCUUUGACGCAUUGUUGCAAAGUGCAGCCUCAAGGGGGGAGCUCUUGACUUUUGGCAUCAAGAGGAUAAUGCAGUUUGGGAUUCUAAUGUAAUGCUGAUUGGCUGGAGGCAUCAGGCUUCCAAACUCCCUGGAGCCUUGCUGGGAACCUGGUGAAAUCUAAUGGUGAUAGUCUGAGCCUCCUCCCCCCUCCCCGGGUGUCCCCCAGUACUGAGCAAAGGAUGUUGGCACCAGCUCCUUAGUCCCAGCACUCCUCUCCCUGUGCCUCCUUCCUCAGUUCUGACCUGGAGGCACUGGUGUGGUGCAGUACUGUAUCCAUCCCAUCCCGCACGGCUGGAGCUGGUGCCCAUGGCACUAAAGAAUGAGUUCUGCUGGCCCUUCAGUGCCCCACAGGCCCCACACUUUAGCUCGCCCACGCUCGCAGGAACAGUAGCCUUGUCCACCACUGUUCUAAGGAGCAGCACGGCUGGAUGCUCAGCUUCUUGAGCUAAAUGGCGUGAGCCUAGCAUGGAUUUUCCCCCCCCAGAACAGGAAGACAAUUUGGCUAAAUUCUGCCCUCUUUCCAGUGAGUGAAGAAUUGACCAGGUCUUCAGUUUGAUUAAGUUCUUUCUCCUCCACUGGGCUGUACUGCAACUAAAAUAUCACCUCUGCCUGGUGCCUGAAACCACAUUGCUCUCGAAAGGACAUUACUGGUACCAGCUGUUAGAUGUCAGGACAGUGGGGCAUGGGGAAGUGAAGUGAAGUGACUCCGUGUGAAAAGGUGUUUUCAGACUGAGCGCUCCUAGCAAUGUAAACACGCCUUUUUGUGGUGAAGAGGUAGCCUAAGAGGUCAGGCUCUGGCUUUUGAAUAAGGCAAGAAUCCUGGCUUGGGAAAUUUGGCCUAAAUUUGUUUUUUAAGGGGCCAUCAAUUUUGGGUGUCCAGCUUGAUUGAGGGGUGCUGAGCACUCACCAAUCCCACUGACUCACUGCAGGGGGAAAAAUUCAAGUGGCCAAACUAUUUCCAAACUUAAAGACAAUUCAUUGAUUCUUUAAAAGUAUUACGUUACCCUUGAGUGUGAAUCCUGUCUACAGCUGGCAAGCAGGCAGAUGGCUGCAGAAAACAGUAGAAAGAUGAAUAGACAAAAGUCUCCUUUUAAAAUGUGUUUUCACCUUGAUUAUUGUCAGAGUUCUCUAGUAAUAGGGACAGCAAAAUAUUCCCCUCCUCCUAAUAAUUGUGUCUUUUAUAAGUCACAUUGCACUAGAUGAGCAGCCAAUGCCUGAACAUCCUAGUAAAUGGGGUGGGGGGGAGAGAGGGUAAAGCAGUGGCUUGCGCAAUUAUUUAAUGCACUAGCCUGGCACCUGUGGAGCACUGAGCACUUGGCUCGGUGAAAGUAGCUCAAUAGUCUCAUUUUAGCCUGAUUCCAGUUGACUCCGUAAGAGUUUAACACUGUUUGUAGCAGGAACUAGGACUACUUAGUCCUGUCCUUAUUGCACUGUUUAGACAGAUUAUGUAUGUUAAGGCGUCAGGGGUACGUCCAAUGGAUCUGUUGGACCAGCAGUGGAAGAUCGAGUUUGCUGUAUUCAAGUCAGUGGGGUGAGGACCCUCUCCCUCUUCAACACCUACAGUGACAGGUACAAGAUGAGAAACAGGACAAGGGAUGACUUCUGAGUACAGAAUUUCACAGGGCUCCUUCAUAGCAGCAAUGCUCAGCCUGAAGGCCAGAGGAGUAGGGGCAGUUGAAGUUUGAGGAGGUCUGCCCCUGCACGACCAUGCGCAGAGCAUAAGCCAGCCCUGUUCUGAAAGUAAUCAGUCAGUUUAUUAGCUAGUGCCAGGGGCUAGGUGGCUGAGGGAUGGCCUGUUUGCUUCAAAGUGGGAUUCAUGUUAAAGUAAGAUUUGGGGUGGGUGUUUGAAGUCUUAAAGUAGCCAUGCUUGAAGCGUGGGCAAAGUUGCCAGCUCAUUCCUGUCUUUAAAGUCAUGCCACUGAGGUGCUGCACUUGUUAAAAGUAAAUCAACCACAGCUGCUCAGCUGAAGCGGAGUCAUGUGACUUGAGUAAUCCCCUUUCCUCCCCUUCCAGCUGAAAACUUCUGGGGAAGUGCUAAACUCUCCCCCUUGCACUGAAGUGUUUCACAGUGACUGAAUUUUAGACCCACAACAGAACCCCUCCUAUCCCCCGCCCUUCCCAAGGCACCAAGCACUGAACCUCCCCCACUUCUGCUGUAGCUAAAAGAAGAACAUAGCAGUUGCUAGCUACAGGCACAGGGCCCUACACUUUAGAUCUGUGCAUGGUGGCAACCUCUAUGGGUGGAUGUCAAACUGGAGCUCAAAGUGAAGUUUUGCCCUUCAGUGACAAAUACAGGACAAUUAUUUUAAAUCACAGUUUUUUGGGGGGUGAUGAGGAGCAAGGAAUCUGAAUUAGACUUGAAACUGUUUUUUAAAUGUCAGUCAGAUUGAAACUAGGGGAGACUUGGGUUUUUGUAUCUACCUUGUAAUGUGUCUUAAUAGAAAGGUUUCACUAAGUAUUAACAGGAAAGACCUUUGUCCCUGUGGGGAAACGAAAAGGUUUAUCCUUAUUUUAAUUAAUUUGCACAGACAAUGUACUUUCCCUACCCUACACAAUGAAUGUGUUGUGCUACUGGAUAUACCCAAAUCUUUGUUGAACAGGAGCAAGUAAGGCUGAGUACUUUAAGGCUACCACAGUUCCACACAGGUGACCUGCUGUUAUGCACUAACAUUUUCAGGUACCCUCUGCACCGCCUUUUAUAAAGGAAUUAGAUGCUAGUCAGAUUAGUGACUAUGGUUUAUAAAAUCAAUUACUCAAGUUUAAUAUUUUAUAAACUCCAGUGGCUAGCCCCAUCUUAAAGAAAUCAGUCAAUUUCUUCUGAAAAAAAAAACUAGAAAGUAACAGUGACAGACUCAAAAAAUCUGAUCUGCUAGUGUUUUUCCUUUUUAAAUACUUACCCUUACCUCUUAAUGUGGAGUUUAAUUCUUGGAAUUAAACAAACUUGAAUUUCUAUGAAAGAAGAGGGAUUUUAGUUUUUGUUAUGAGUGUUUUGAAAAAUUAAUCCACAGCAGAUCCAGGAACUCAAAGCUCAGUUCAUUUAGGUCACAUUUGUGAGGGAGGCUUUUGCUUUCCAUCUAAAUCUCCACUUGCAUUUACCAAAGCACAAAGAUGAAUGACUAAUGAGCUCUGUCCUGUCCACUGGGCAGUCCAAACAAUUAAGAGGAUUCUCACACUAGCAGGGAGAGACAGCUAUAACCAUGGGCAAUACUUUGUGGACCAGAAUGGACACAUGAAAUAGCUACUUCAGUGAUCACAGCCCCUGUGAAGUGAUGUCAGUGCACUAACAGCAUCAGCAGCCUGCUAUACUAAGCUGAGCUUGUGCUCCAGUAAGAAAGCAGUGUGACAAAGUUUACUGUAUUUGUACCUUAAAUAAUGCUACUUUCAAAUGCUUGACUGCUGUACCAAAUGCAGUUGGUGGCGUCAAUAGUUUAGAUUGAUAGGUCCAGUCUUAAGUCAGCAUGUGUGAGCUGAAUUUUUUAUUAAAAGGACUUAUUCAAUUACUAUGUUGUCUCCGAUUUACCACCAGAGCCAUGAUCAGAGUAACUCGAAAGGGGGCAGAUGAAAGCCUUAAAAGGGUCUAGCCAUUACUUCCAAUGGGUUUUAUGCAAGGAAGUCUUUAUUCCCAGCCUGGAAGAAGUAAGCUCUUGCCAUCAAUAUUAAAAAAGAUCAAGCUCCUCUAACAUCCUUUCAUAAAAAGGGGAACUGACUACUGCCAUAUAACCUCUAUGUAACACCAAUGCAUGGGCAGAGACUGCCUCAGUGGGUUUCUAAACAUUCCUACAGCAUGCACAUGCCUGGACAAGACCCAAAGGAGGGGGUACAGGUGGGGUACUUACCUUUAACAAACUUUUCACAGUUCAUUUGCUUAUCCAUGUAUGCUAUAAACACACCACACUUUUGUACUAGUAUGUGUUAAACUGUAAUAAACUUGAAGUUUAUACAAUCAAACACUGGGCCCAACUGUCACAAAUAUUGUUUUUAAAAGGUCCAAAAUGAUUACUGAAAUAUAGGCCCCAGCUUGAAUGCAAGAGCUCUUUAUUAAUUUUUUUAUUGAUGACAAACAGGUUUAAAACAUACAGACAAAAUCAAAAAAAGAGUAACAGUGCUAGCACUGAUGUCUGUGGAUUUAUAAAACUCAGAGUAACUGCUACAAAGGAAAAAAACAGCACAAAGCAGAGGCAAGCAUUCCAACCAGUGAAAUAAAGGGGUUGGGGGCAGGGGGAGAAGGGGUUACAUUACUCAAUGGAUUGCAUUGCACAAAGAGUUACAGCUUAAACCUAUCUCAAAUCUCUAUGCAACUACGCAGCCUACCCAGAAGGAAAAAAAUUAAAAUGUUAAUAAAUAAAAUAGUCCCUCUUACAUGAAGGAAGGUGGCCUGUGUCUCCAUUCUUUGCACACUGUAGAAGUCUAAACUCUGGAGGCUUUUUAUAAACAAGAAUGGUCUUUUGUUUCAGGAAGGUUUCUAAUUUAUUUUGCAGUUUAUGAACAGUAUAAACAAAAAGUGAAUUCAGAACAUCUGUUCUAAAUUUCAUGUGCACACUACUUACAAAACCUGUGGGUAUAGCAUACUACACUAUACUGGGGAUACGGGGGAAGACAUGGAAAACUACAGCAAAUACAAGUUAUGAAAGGAGUUUGAUAAUCUACAGAAAGGACAGAGUAAUGCAAGUGGGUGUUUCCAAAUUACAAGUGGGUUUUGUUAUUUAGUCUAAGUAUAUUCAUUGAGAGGGUUGUUUUCUGUUGGUGUUUUUGUUGUGUUUUUUUUUAGUUCCUCAAAAAAAAAAAA